CAAUAUACCAAUUACCAACAAUGGUAAAAGCUGGUGUAACAAGAAAUAACUCUUUUCCCUAGAUUCCGAAGUGAGGGAAGCUAACUUGCCCCCCACCAAUGUACUCGAAAUCAGCAAAAUGUCACGUUUUCCCAUGUCAUUUUCUGCCCAUAUUCUAUGUACUACAUAAACUCCAUAUAAUAUUACUAGUAAUUUUUUUCUAUUGUAUGAUUUUUAUAGUAUGAUUUUUAACCGUUAUAGUUUCCUUCUGUUACUUAAUCCACCCACAAACGUGCAAGUACCUGUGAUUUUUUGUCAAAUCUUUAUUACUUUUAUUAUGGAUCUGAAGUAGUAUAUCCCAUUUUUCUUAGCUUGUGAAAAAGAUUAAACAUUUCCCAAAAAUUUAUGCUCUCAUUUUCAAAAACCCAGUUGGAAUUUUAUGAUUGUAGUUAUGGGUUGCUGUCAUCUUACUGUUACAUUUACAUAGAUAUUCUGUCAAGAUUUCAUCUUUUCUUGAUAUAUACCAAGUUUUUACCUUUAUUUUUCAUGACAUUUGAGUUAAUUCUUGCUUGUGUUUUGGCAUGCACUUGAAAAGUUUACCUUCUUGCUUCAUUGUUGACAUGAUUUUCAGAGUGAAAACAAACAUGCCCAGAUGAUUUUUAUGGCGCAUCUCUUCUGCUCUUAAUUUCUAGUUGAUAGUUUGUGAGGUAAGUGAGAUUUUUAGCUUCUUUUAGUACAGUUAGAUUGUUUUUUUUUUAAAAAACUUGUUAAGUAUGAUUAAAUUGAUGUUAUAGCCAUUUAGAUGAUGUUGGGUAUUAUGUAGCUGUGAAAUUUAUGGUGUUUGAGUAGAUUUUUCUCAGAUUCUUAUUGCUCAAGUGGGUAUUAAUCAGUUUUGAGUGACAAAUUUAAGUGUAAAUUUUUUGGGUAGAUGAUUUUUUUUUAUUUUGGAAAUAAGCUCAGUAGUUAAGAUUUGGGGAUCUUGGUAAAAAAAUUGACUGUUUGUGUUAGGAAUAAUGUGUUUGUUCUGAAGUACUGUUGUUAGGUACUAUUAGUAGAUAUUAUUAAGCCAACUUCUUGACAAGAUUGAGGUUAUAAGUGAAAUGGUGAGAUCUAUGGAGGAUAAGGAGAUCUCUAAUGGGAGCAUUACAUUUGAGUUUCAUAAAGGGAAUGGAACUAUAAGAGCUUCUCAUCCUCGUACCGCCUUAGGAAAACCAACACCUUCAAAGUGGGAUGAUGCACAAAAAUGGCUAGUAGGGUUUUCAAGAGGUGGGGAAAGAAACUCUUCCAAGGCUAAUAAACCUAGAAACUCGAAUGCCGAUGAUACAAGGUUGAUUGCCCCGAUUCCUCAGCAAGAAAACAAUUAUUCGGGUGGAUAUGAGGAUGGGGAUGAAGUGGAAGAAGCAGAGAAUGAGAAGAAUAUUCACACCAAAAAUGUUGACUGUGAGGAGGGUUUUUGGAGAGCAAAUAAGGGAGUGGAAAACUCGAGUUUAGCUGUUAGAUCAGUUUGUGUGAGGGAUAUGGGGACUGAGAUGACUCCUAUUGCCAGCCAGGAACCUUCUAGAACGGCCACUCCAAUUCGGGCCACCACACCAGCGGCCUGUAGCCCGAUUUCUUCUGGGGGUUCCACCCCAAUGCGGUGCCACCAUGGUGGUCAAAACACCGGGAGUUACCAUUCUCCUCUUGGGAGACAAAAUGGUGCUAUUAGAGUGUCUAAUGGAGAGGAAGAAGAGAUGGUUAAUGGCCAUAAGAUGGUGGAGAGUAACAAGUCUGAACUAGCUAACAAGAUUAAUCCUUUGGAAACUCGAGCUUUGGCUUGGGAUGAAGCAGAGCGUGCUAAGUUCAUGGCCAGGUAUAAACGAGAAGAAGUGAAGAUACAAGCUUGGGAAAAUCAUGAGAAGAGAAAAGCCGAAAUGGAGAUGAAGAAAUUGGAGGUGAAAGCUGAGAGACUGAAAGCUAGAGCACAGGAGAAGUACGCCAAUAAACUCGCUGCAGCUCGAAGAAUUGCUGAGGAGAAGCGUGCGAAUGCAGAGGCUCAAUUGAACGAAAACGCAGUCAAGACAUCAGAGAAAGCAGAUUAUAUCAGAAGAAUGGGUCACUUACCGUCUUCAUUCUCCUUCAAGCUGCCUUCUUUAUGCUGGCAGUAGUAAAACCUUCUUAACAUAGUGUAUUUAAACAUCCAUCUUUGCUAAUUCCCCCCCAAUUCUUGCAUUUCUAAGUUUUUGUACCUUUGUUAUUCAACUUUAUGCAUGUGGCAGCCUGAAAUGUGGAUCAAUCCUAUAAUUAAUGGAAGAUGAAGUUUAACACCCUUAACAAGGGUUGUCGCUUGAA